CCUUUUAUGUCAUGCCCUGAGCCCUGAGUAGAGGAAAACUUUGCUAGCCGCUAAGCUAAUUUUUGAUAAUUUAGCUAAUGGUGACUAGUAAAACAUUUCUCUCCUCCACGUCUCAUGUGUGUCUGUGGAGUCAGUUUAAACUUAGCUAGUUACAAUUAAGAACACUUAUCUCUGUGUUAUUUUCCUUUAUGACCAAAAGCACAACAGGAAGUGGUGGUGGCCUCUUCUGUUAUUGAUUUGAUUAACUGGGCAGAUGAUGUAUUUUUGUAGGCCAACCCGGAAGUUGGCAUUGACCCGAUACACUGGUACCUCUCUAAACAGCUAAUUGGAUUGUUGAAUUGGAUUUUGGAAAAUUAUCUAAUAUUCUCUGUGACAGACGUAAAUGUAUGAUACUUGCAUGUUUUGUUCAGCGAGAUGAUCUUCACAGAUGAACAUCAUUGAUGUGAUUCAAAGCGUAAAUGAAAUUGUUUGAAGUGUAAAGGUAAUGUCAGGCUAUAAACAGACUUCAUUGCUGUCGUCUAGUAGUAAGAUAUUAUAAAAAAAAAAGUGUCUUACUCUACAAUUACAAUACACAUUUUUCUGAAAAUUGAUCAACCUACAAGUUGUAAAGUUAGAGUUGGAAUAUUUUAUAAGAAGAAUAUAGAAUAUUUGUAUCAUCAUUGAACUGAAUCAAAUCAAAAUUGUAACACUGCACAUUUAUCCUCAUAUCGACAAAUAUCGCAGUGUUGUUCAAAGAAUCAGCAUUGGACAAUAUGAUAAUUUCUUGUCACAAUUAUCCUGGCCCAAAUUAUGCAAUUCACUAUAUUAUCCCAGUUAUCAUUAACAUAUCUUUAGAACUCAUGAAAGUUAAGGAAGUCCUUUCUGGGAAAAAAAGUAGUGGAUUGCUGAGACUCACUCCCAGGUCAUCAAAUAUCAAUGCUUUGCCUCAGUAUUCAGCCCAAAGUUUGAACCCAUAGCAUUGAUAUUUGAUGACCUCGGAAUGAGACCUGGCAAUCAACUAUCUCUCCAGAAUCAAGUUCCCUAGCUCUUAAAAUGGCAAUAAAAGAAACUGAUAUCUUUAUCGCCUCACAGAUACGACAUACAGAUUUGCUCUGUCGCUCUUAAGCUUUGAUUUCACUCAUCCCAUUUCACUUUUUGUGAGAGAUGCAAUGCACAGGUCUAACCUUCGUCCAUGGUGACAGGCCUAAAAAUGCAUCAGGAAAUUAAUAGGACUGUUUGUUAUUAAGGUAGACGGCGCACAAUCAUACUGACAUACUCACAGUUACUCCAAUUUACAAUCAAAAUUCACCAGGUUUAACUCCUGAGUGUUUUAAUCAUGACAGUAUCUUUUUUUUCAUCCCAUCCCUAAAGAAUAUAACAUAUGAUAUUAUAUACCGGUAUAUAAUAUCAAUAUAAUAUUGUGACAAAACUGGUGAUUCACACCUGUUAUUUAUUUACUGUAAUAUUUGUAUUUCUCCAUCGUCAGUUUAUUCUACAGUCUGUCGCUUUUUGGGGGGGUCAUGACAGUUUUAUGCUGAUAAGCGCACACAUCAAAUGGGAUUUACUAAGUUAGUCAUACAAAUAGAAAAUUGACAGUUUUUUUUUCCCAUUUACUCAUCCAAUUUGAAAUAUGAAACCAAGAGCAUUCACCUCAAACAAGGGUGCCUCUUGCUGCCUGACACCGCUGUCCCACAUUUUGCAUUGUAAGAGACAGAAACUUGAUCAUCCAGUUCACAGAGGGUGUGUGUUUAUUUAUUCAAUGCCACAUCCUGGUUAUUAUAUAGCACAAGGGGAAGGAGAGCUGACAAUUGCAAUGUAAAUCCAUAAAACCUCACCCACCAGGAAUAGUACUUGGAACUAUCAGUGAGUGUGUUCACAGAUGAGAUGACACCGAAGCUCUGCGGUAUCUACAAUAAUUCCAGCUAGCAGGAAAUACUUGAAGUGCUUUUCAAAGGCCACCACUCUUCCCUCUAGGACAAGGAAGCUCUCGUAUUCCAGAUAUGAGAUGUCGAGCUGCUUUGCGCCUUCCUGCUGUAAUUGCUGUCCUCCUAAUAACAUGGGGAAUCUCCAUCAAUUCCUUUGACGUACAGGAGAAAGCGAGAAAUAUUCUUGGGUUUAAUUAUGCAGAUCAACUCAAACUACAAUUGAAAGCAGUAGAUUCAACCACAUCAGCACCUAAAACAAAGUGUGGCCUGUCCAGACUCUGCCCGCCCGAUCAUUUUGCUUUACAUAUCCGGAGCGGAGUGGCUAAUGUUAUUGGACCAAAGAUCUGUUUCGAGGGUAAAAUCAUCAUGAGUCAUGUGUUGAAUAACAUCGGAUCAGGACUGAACAUCGUGGUGGUAAAUGGUCAAAAUGGAACUGUGGAACGUUUUGACUAUCUUAAUAUGCAAACUGGAAACCCAGAAGACAUCCUGGCAUACCUGAAGGCAAUAAAACCUGGAAUGAUUGUCUUGGUGGCCUCGUUUGAUGAUGUGACAAAGAAAAUGACAGAUGAAAUGAGGGAGGCAUUUGUUGGAAUGGGAAGCACUUUGAUCAAGUCGGUGAAACACAGGGACAGCUGGGUGUUUGCUGGAAGAGUGGGGACAGAAAACAAAAGCCUCCAUGAAAGGCAAGCUGUUAACGAUGCGAAAACCAACGCUUAUGAAGGAUGGCCGGGGUUUGUGGAGGUGAGCGGCUGUUUCCCCAAGACCAAACUGACCGACGAUAAACUUAACGGACCUUUGUGAUGAAAAGGAGACUAUGGUGGAAGCUGCGUUGACUGGCCUUCUACAAACUGCCCUGUAUAAGUGAUGGCCCCUUUAAAAUCUAGUUGGAUUCAAGAAAUGUCCUCUUCUGUGGCUCUCGCUGGUGUUUCCUUGGGGUUUGUGCUCAUCCGGAAUCCGGGGACAGCAGGUGUUGUAUUUUGUACGGAUGGUAAAACUGUCUGCGGCUGGUGUGUCAUUUGUAAUUCCGGGCUAUAUAAAUAAAACUGACUGCACUUGACUAGUGAAUUUAAUAUGCCAGCCGUUUUUAUCCCCCUGGGAUAAAUGAACAAUAUAUUUUCAGAUUCCUGGAGGUGGAGGAUCAUAUAUUAUUUAACCGUCAAUAAAAAAAAAAACCGAGAGCAUGAGAUUUUGUGAUCUGCAGCCCCCUCUUUUAUAUCCAAGUACUCUUUGUGAGAGAACUUCCCUGGAGUUAAAAGCUAGCGUAAAACAACGGGGUGGAAAUACUACGUUAGUAAACUUCGACAUUCAUAAUCUGACUUUGAAUUGUAAAAAAUGCGUCCAAGCAUUUCAGUAUUGAGGCUACAUUGUCUCCCACCUCAGGGUCAGGUCCCCUUAAAAGAGUCAGAUUAUAUAGGAAAUGAGCUGUGAGAUGAUUAAUGGGAAGCAAAAGUACCGGUACAUGAAUCUAGAUAUAUAUAUUAUUUUAUAUAUGUAUGAGAGAGAGCUAGAGAUGUGCUUUAACUGUGAAAUAUUCAGUAAUUGUAACUCCCUGGGCCUCGAGCAUGCUAUUCACAUGUGAACAUUUUUUAUUUCAAGCACGUAAGUGUCCAUUUAUAUGUGAAAAGAGCCGAUCAACUUUGAAACUGUACAGGUGACUUUGUUUCAUAUGUUAAAACUUUAGAUCACACGAAAAUAGCCACUGAAAAUGGGGAAUUCGCAUGUGGAGAAACACAUUUCGUGUGAUUGCAUGUGGAAGUUUUUACUGCCAUGAGAAAAAAUAAAUAAAAAGCCAAUUGUGAAUUACCGUAUGCAGUUCUCAUCCGAAAAUGUGGAAAUUUUCUCUCAUGUGUGACAAAAUAUGAUCAGUUGUUAGAAUGUCCGACGCACAUGUGUUAUUAUUUUGAUUUGACAUUUUUAAAAAUAGCCAUUCGUACAAUUUACGUGAUGAAGCAAAUUUCAUGUGAUUUCAUGUGCCAAGUGGAAAAAAAUAUACGUGAUUCUCAUGUGAAAAUGAACAUUGUUUUAUUUUUUGCGUGUUGAAAUUGUAGCUCACGUCAGGAAAGAUGUCGAAGCCUCUUAGAAGUGAACAAGGCACAUUUGUGAUUGGUGGAACCAGAACUCAGAGAUCUGAAACAUGACAAGGAGCCCCAACUGGAAAGUUUUAUUCUUUUUAAUCUGAAAACUUUAGUGGUCAGAUAAAUGUGUUAGAGUUUCCCUAUUAAAUGUCAUAUAAAGUCACAAAAUCCUAAAUUGUAUUAUCUUAUAAUCCUGCUUAGGUGCAGUGUAAAUGUAGUUACUUUUACUGCUGUACACUAAAUACUGCUCCAGCACUUUGUUCUCCAGGGCUUGUCUUCCACUUGGGUGCUGCUUCAUCAUUGGUCUAAACCAGGGAAGUUUCCUCACUGACAUUCUUGGCAUCUGCUGCAGCCGAGAGAGAGAGAGAGAGAAGGGGGACCUCAAAUUAGUAUUGAAACUCUGUCCACUGUGAGCCCAGGAGGUGUCUGAAGAAACUCUGAUAUACCGAGGACAUGGGAGUGACCCAUGGAAAGAAGACAGUCAGAGCCGGCACCAAACACAGGUCUUUAUCCAGUAAAAGAAGAGCCUUGCCAACGCUGAAGAGCGGGCCUCGGAGAGUGUUUAUCCCGUCAUGUCCUAUUAAUUCUUCUCCACACAAUACCCACUGUCGGAGAUUUAGCCAAACAGCAUGACUCUUCCCUAAUCAACCAAACAGCAGCCAGCAGCAGAGUUGUCAUUAAAAUACCACGUUUAGAUCGCACUAUUAUCCUCUUUCUGACAGUUUACUGUCAUCUUUAAGGCUUUGCUUUAUGUGUUCACUGGCUGCUGGUUUUUGAACACAUCCAGCAGUGCUGCUUGUGAUUGUUUGCCCAGAUAUGGAAGAGCUGAAUGCAGCUAAUCUCAAGGGCGUAGCCAUGGUUGGGUAGUAACAGAUUACAUGUAGCUGGGUUAAUUAGAGCAUCAUUUAUAAUUAUAUAGAUAGAUUACAGUGAUGGAAUGUAAAUAAGUGCAUUUACUCAACUGUCCUUCAGGACAAUUUUGAGGUGUUUAUACCUGAACGGGUUUUUCAAUUUUUCUACUUUCUGCUUUCAAUCAUGCAUGAAAGUUUGUACUUUUUACUCACUACCUACCUUUACCAUAUAACUUUAUUAAUUACCUUGUUUGCUGCACAUUUUAAAACGUACCCAAUAAUUAGACAAAUAUUAUGAAUGUUAGAUCAGGCAAUUAUCCACACUGGUGAUCCAUCAACCCCUUGUACUAAAUACAUAAAUGUAAAUUGAUGUAUGAUUUACUUUUUUCCUGUUAAACUUUAGUACAUUUAUAGCCAGAAAAUUUGUUUGCUUAAAGAUGCAAUAUGUUAGAUUAUAUUUUUUGUAGCUUUAGGCACAUUUAAUAUUAGAUAUUUUAUGACUUUAACUUGUUUAAUUUGUAUUGGUGACUUUUACAAAAGUUAUAUUAUAAAAUAUUAUCUUUACUUUUACUCAAGAAUGACUUGAGUACUUUUUUACAGCACUGGUAGAUUAUCAUCGUAUUGUCAAUGAUAAUUACAUUUUUCAGAAUUAUGAAACCUUCUCAUGAGAAUUUUCUGUCAAAGUAAGUUACUCCUCUCAGGUUUCCAGGUAGCCGGUUUUAAUGGGGACUUUACUAAUAAUUGUAUGUGUAUAAUGAUCAUAAUGGAGUUUUUAGUUGAACUGAAAGCAAAGUGCUCCAAAACAUACACAAGGGGACAGCCUGCAUCCCACAAGUUAAGCGAUAUGUGAUACAACUGUGUCUAGAGUCAGUCUUGUUUUUGUAAGGGUUAUUCUUUUUGAUCAGAUGUAAAAGCUCAACAUGAAAAAUGCAAUUUAUUUGCACUGAAAAUGUUUUGUGAUGCUUGAAGAGAAAAAAUAACAAUUGUGGAUCUCACCAAUUUUAAGAUUAUGCAGCAAUAUUUUAAAUGUUUGCUUUUGAGCCAAUACAACAUAACUCCAAAAGUAUCUGGAUUAGGCCACUAUUUCUUUUUUUUAAUCCAGUGAAUCAUGAUACUAAUUUUCCAUAAUAGUUGAAAAACAUGUAGUGAUACUGAUUUUGAAGGUAACUGUGAUUU